GUCCAUUCGAUUUAACAAUCCAUAUUCAUUUCUGUGUCAAGAAAGAAGAAGCAUUAAUAAUGGAGAAAGCUAUUGAAAGGCAAAGAGUUCUACUGGAACACCUUCAGCCCAUUCGUUCUUUUUCUCAUCACAUCCAUAAUGAAUCUUCUUAUCUCACUCCUUCAAUUUGUUUAGCUGGUGAUAGUGCUGCAUACCAGAGGACAGCUGCUUUUGGGGAUGAUGUUGUGAUUGUUGCAGCGUACCGUACUGCUAUUUGCAAAGCCAAACGUGGAGGUUUUAAAGAUACCCUAGCAGAUGAUUUGCUUGCUCCUGUUCUGAAGGCAGUAAUUGAGAAAACCAACCUGAAUCCAAAAGAGGUGGGAGAUAUUGUUGUUGGUACAGUUUUGGCACCAGGCUCAAUAAGAGCUAUGGAGUGCAGGAUGGCUGCAUUUUAUGCCGGUUUUCCAGAUACUGUGCCAAUCAGAACUGUGAACAGACAAUGUUCUUCCGGCCUCCAGGCUGUUGCUGAUGUGGCUGCAUCAAUAAAAGCAGGAUUCUAUGAUAUAGGCAUUGGUGCUGGAUUAGAGUUAAUGACAGUUGACAAUAUAGGAAGAGUUCAACAAGUUAAUCCGAAAGUAGAUGCUUUUAAACAAGCCCGUGACUGCCUUCUCCCUAUGGGCAUUACUUCUGAGAAUGUUGCACAACGUUUUGGAGUGACGCGGCUAGAACAAGACCAGGCUGCUGUUACUUCUCACCAGCGAGCAGCUGCAGCAACUGCAUCUGGAAAGUUCAAAGACGAGAUUAUCCCAGUAUUAACAAAGAUCGUUGACCCACAAACCCGAAAUGAGAAGCCGGUUGUGAUUUCCGUUGAUGAUGGCAUCCGGCCAAGCACAAAUUUGACAGGCCUGGCAAAGCUGAAGCCUGCAUUCAAAAGCGAUGGAACCACAACAGCAGGGACUGCUAGCCAGGUCAGUGAUGGUGCGGCUGCAGUGCUUCUCAUGAAGAGAAGUGUAGCUAUGCAGAAGGGACUUCCAAUUCUUGGUGUAUUCAGGAGCUUUGCUGCUGUUGGUGUGGAGCCUGAUGUUAUGGGAAUUGGCCCAGCCGUUGCAAUACCAGCUGCUGUUAAGUCUGCUGGUCUUGAGCUUGACAAUAUUGAUCUGUUUGAAAUAAACGAGGCAUUUGCAUCCCAAUUUGUCUAUUGCCGCAAGAAACUCAAUCUUGACCCUGAAAAAGUUAAUGUGAAUGGAGGGGCAAUAGCUCUUGGGCAUCCUCUAGGUGCUACAGGUGCACGUUGUGUGGCAACUCUGCUUCAUGAGAUGAAACGCCGUGGCAAAGACUCUCGUUUUGGUGUGAUUUCUAUGUGCAUAGGGUCUGGGAUGGGGGCUGCCGCGGUCUUUGAAAGAGGGGAUGCUGUAGACGACCUAUGCAAUGCUCCGGUCAACCAUAACAACAAUUUCUUGUCCAAGGGUGCCAAAUGAGCAUGCCAAUAGUUUCCAAAGUUUGCUUUUGUUUUUGAGAUAGGAAUGUGACACAGUACUGUAACGUUUAGUGAAAUUGAGAUUUAUAUGUAUCAAUUAUUGGAGCGACGAGAUGAUCAAAUAAGUGGAAAUGGACAAUGGUGAUUUCGUUUGAA